AUGGAGCAGCAGGACCUGCAGCAGACUUUCAUUGACCCUGGUCCAUCGUUGCGUUCUCUCUUGACGUUGCAGGAGAAACACAUCUCCACGCAUGUGUGGAACACCUCAGAUGAUGCACAGGUACGUGAUCGUGUCCUCAAUGUCAGACACGCUGCGACACACGAUCACUUGGAUAUACCAGAGGAUAUCCAGCCUUACCUUCAGCAGACUGGAUUUUAUCACGUUGCACGUCUGCGCAACCAUGAGAUUGAUCACUCACUCAUCUCGGCCCUUGUUGAGAGAUUGCGGCCUGAGACGCGCACAUUUCAUAUGCCGAUGGCUGAGGUUACGAUUACCUUGGAGGAUGUACACCAUCUGCUGGGGUUGCCCACAGAUGGAGAGGUUGUAUGUGGCCGCGUUGGAGGUCAUCCUUUCUCGCAGCUUUCUACAAAUCUGUUAGGAGUAGAGCCCGCCCGGCAGCGCGACUUUCAUAAGAACCAAAUUUCGCUGUCAUUUCUUCGGGAAUAG